CAAUCAAAAUCAGUCACAUAAAACGCUUUCAACACAAAAGGUCCAGCAACAGAGCUCUAGGAAUGACACGGAAUUCAGACAAAAUGAUUUUUCGCAAGACGUCAUAUUUGUUUUCACUAUUUUUGACCGUAAUCUACAUACAAGUGGCAAGCAGCGCGACAACGACAAAAACAGCCUCAGUUGUGUCGGCGAAUCAAAACGCUGAUGCAGACGCAGACGCAGACAUUUUACGCAAAUGCCUCCGAGAAGUGGGCAGCAAAGAUAUUGUUGGACAGUUACAGAAGGUUGCUCGCUAUUCCAAAUGGACAACGGAGGAAAUUCCCUGCUUUACACGAUGUCUCGCCGUUGAGAAAGGCUGGUUCGAUGCUGAGGAAAGCAAGUGGAAUAAAAAGAAGAUAGCUGAAGAUUUAGGUGCAGAUAUGUUCAAUUAUUGUCGUUAUGAGCUGGAUCGUUAUAAUGAGGAUGGCUGUGAGUUUGCAUACUCGGGAUUCCGUUGUUUGAAGCAGGCUGAACUUUACACUCUCGAAACCUACAGAAACAUUUUGGGUUGUGCCAACGAGCUGAAUGUCACCAUGGAGGAGCUACAAAAGUACGCCGCUUUUCCCUCCAAAGAAGUGGUACCCUGUCUCUUCCAAUGCCUAGCAAAAAAAAUGAAUUUCUACACGCCCACCUACGAGUGGAACUUCGACAACUGGGUCAAAGCAUUCGGUCCAAUGCGACAAAAUCGCAAAGCUUCCGAUGUAUGCAAGGUGAGCGCUGAGCAAAUGCAGAUCCGCGACAAGUGUGAAUGGAUGUAUGAGGAGUAUAAUUGUUUGGAACGAUUGAACUACAAUACAGACGGUUCAUACCCAUUGGAAACGACGACACUGAGUGCAGUGAUUGCGAGCAAAAAAACAAAAGAAGUGCAAGUUCAGCAGAAGACCGAAGAAGCGGACGCAAAUUCAUAAAAUAUUAUAUUAUUAUAGAUUCACAUAUACCUGAAUACACAUAAUAUACAUUAAUUUCUAAACAAUACUGCAGUUCUUUUGCAGUCUACCACAUUUUA